UCGACGACACCGAUGACUUGCUAUAAUUUAUUGUCUUCAGCGGAACUCCGCAGAAACUUUUCGCCAUCCGCGAAGAACUUUCAGCCGACCACAAUCCAAGUUGCUAUCAUGGCGUUUGACGCAAAAAUGAUGGAAAUCGUGAAAGAAAUCGGUUGCACCGACGGGUUUCACAUACCGGUAGCCAACGAAGAGAACAGAUUGCUCGAAAAAGAGAUCAAAGAGUUACUGCAAAGGAAAGCUGAGCUCAUUGUAGCCGAAGAAAUACUGGACGAUGACGUAAACAUAUUGAACGAGAGACUGACCGACAACACGAUCAGUCAGACUCAAAUUCAGAACCUGAUCCUGGCAAACCGUAAGCAAUACGAGACGGAGCAGCACAUGCUGAAGGCAGCUGAAAGGGAAAACGAGAACUUGUCCCGCAAUAACCGAAAUGCGUUGAAAACGCUCAACAGUCUGAUAAACGAAAGGAAAAAAUCCGAAGACGAACUAGCGAAAACCACAGAGCAUAUAGAUAAAUUGAGAAGUACGAUCGAAUGGGGUGAAGAAACUUUGUUGGCGUGGAACGAGGACUUAGCUAAACGGACGUCGGAAGUGAACAUCUUGGACACGUACAAUUUGGAAGACAACAACCGGUUUAAAGAAUUAGAUUUUCGUAGACAGCACUUGCAGGGGUCGGUGAUUGAGAGGGAAAUCAUUGUAGAGAAAGAAGUCAGCGAUCUACUUCAAGUGGAAAGAGAAUUUGAACAGACGUCUAAGCUCACUAGGCAGUCGCAAAAAGAAAGAGACCGUUUGCUCGAACAGUGGGAGAAUUCUUCCAACUUUUUCAAGUCCCACAACGAAGAACUGCAGAAUUCGGUACAGGAGAUCAACAAGAUUAAGGAAACUAUCAGGGAGGUUUACGACAAGAUGAGGGAAGACAAACGCGCGUACCAGAAUUAUUUAGAAGAAAAUGAAGAUAUCCAGUGCGAACUGUCCGAAACUCAUAAAGUCAACGACGAAAUGAAAUUAACGCUGAUCAAGCAGCAAGAAGAAAUCGAAAAUUUGGCGUCUGAGGUUUCGAUUGCACAAGGGAACGUCAACCAUCAAAGUCACAUGUUGGACGACGAGCGGGCAAAGCGCAGGCACAUGGAAAGGAAUGUGGCCAAGAUGGGUGAGCAGAUACAGCAAAAACGCCAUGAAAUAUCAGAUUUGGAAGAGAGCUUGAAAAAGACCAGAAGCCAGUCGAUGACCACCGAGGAACGGUUGAACGAGUUAGAAAAGAUAUUCGAUGCGCAAAAAGCUAAGGCUGACCAACUAAUGUUGGACGGAGACAAACUGCAGACCGCAUCGUUCCACGCGCACAACGAGAUGAAACAAUUGCAAAGCAAAGUCGAUCUGAUAAAUCGUCAGUUAAGCCGAACUCAAAGCACACAAUCCGUGUCUGACCGAGACGAAUGGAAAAUAAGACAGCUGAUAAUGGACAGGAAAGAAGUUGUGUAUAAUUUGAGUUUUCAAUUGGAAUUAAUUUGUAAUAAAGUAGCCGAAGCCCAAGGUAGCGUAGACCUGGAAGUAAUGCAUGAGCUCCAAGAUCAACUGUAUCGCCUCAACGAGGAGCUGAAUCACGCCACGGACUACCGGAACCAAUUGGAUAAACAGCUUAAGGCGACAGACUGUGAGACACGACGCCUCGUCAAGGAGUUGGAAAGAGACACUACUGAACUUUCCGCGCUUCAGGAACGCAGGCAGCACAUGACUAACCGCAACGAAGGAGGUGUCAAACAAAUUAAAUCGUUGAAGGAACAAAACCAUCAUCACCACAUGGAAGAGUUGAUGCUUAAGUUCAAGGUGGCCCAGAUGAAAAAGUCUAUGGAUCACGAAUGCGAGAAAAUGCACUCAUUGGCCAGACAACGAGAAGAGUUGACUGCGGAUGUGAACAAGAGGAAAGCCGAGGUGGCGGCUAUCUUGGAUCGGCUGAACGGCGAGAGAAAGAUUUUAUUGGAGGAAAAGUCGUCGGCUAAACGCCGGCUUGACAUGGUCGCCCAGCAAAUCGGUCAGAGACAAAAAAAGUAUCAGAUCUUGUUGGCGUCUAUGGGCACGGACGGAUCAACGUUCACCGUCGGCGAGUACAGGAUCAGAGUGUCGCAAGAGAAACUGGAGCUUCAGGAAUUGGGCGACCAGCUCGACAGUCGCGUUCAGAAACUCGAGGAAGAAAUAAGAGCAAUGGAGAACACGCUGCACGUGCUGAACGCAACCAACAGCUGUUACAAGGCCAGCCUGUCGUCCGCAAAUCCGGAGAGUGUCGAGUACAAAGAGAAAAUCCGUUUGGCGGAGAUAUGCGAUAACGUCAACGACAUGUGCCGACAAAAGAAGAUAAACUUACGAGAUAUUAAAAGUCAAAUACAAGACUUAGAAGUAAAAUGUCAGGAGGCUAACGAUGAGCUUGUGGCCGUUACUGCGAUGCGGGGUAACAGGGUAAUAGAACUGGAAAGAGUGCUAAAAGAGGUCGAGGGACAGAGGCUAAAACUAGAACGAGUGGACGGUCUGAUCCGGUGCGAAUUGAAAAAGUUAGAAAAAAAAUGUGUCGAACCGGAUAAGGGCAAAACUUUGGAACACAUCAAGAAAGACAUCCACCUCAGGCAAUUGAAAAAAGUGAACAAAAUGGCUUUAGAACUAUUAGCCGAAAUGUCUGUACGACAUAUUGGACUCGAACCAACGGCCAGACAGUACUUGGCCGACAAGGACUUAACCCUGCCCACCGUGUCCGGUCUCCUGUUGUUGCCGUCUUCCUUAAAAAUCAAAUCCAGUUGCGGUUCUAGCGUCAUGUCGUUGUCCAGCGGCGCGUCGACGAGUCAGUCGGACGACGACCGGAAGAGCAAGUGUUCUGUAGUCAACGUAGGCGGUGCCGGCGAUUCGUUAAGCGGUCGUUGCCGGAAAUCCGGUAAAGGUUAUUGGUUCUGAAACGGAUUGCGGUAAAACAAAUUUUAACAGUUAUAAAAUCGAAUGACUGGGCGAAUUUACUGGGUUUUCGCCCGCAGACGCUUCGUUUGUAAACAGAAACCGCGCUAAAACUAUGAUAAUAAAACGUGCCGUAGAUCUUACAUAACGGUUCCUUUGUUAAUUAA